AUGGCAGAGAACGCCGCCAGUUCGAGUACCAACCCCGUGAUUUCCAUCGGAAACAUCCGUGGCUUCGGGGGCUGUGACUAUGGAUCAUUUCGAAUGUCCAACGAGUUAUUAGGAUGGAAAAACAAAAGAACGAACAACAUAUACCAGUACAAGUGUAGUGACAUAAGUGAAGCCGAGUGGAUAAAAACAGGCUACAACAACAACAGGCUACACCUAAAGUUCAGUAAGCAGAAAGACAAUUUGAUCAUCUUCUUCGACGGAUUCCCAGAUAGAAAUACUACCGAAAUAACUCAGCAUUUUCUGAAAUAUUGCAAUCUCAGAUUAGCUAACAGGAAGCUAGCUGCGAAGGGAUGGAACUGGGGAGAAUUCAAGUUAGAAAAUGCGCACAUAAAUUUCGACGUAGAUAACAAGUAUGCAUUCAGUAUUCCAACGAAGAGCAUCAAUCAACUGAAUGUACAGAUAAAGACAGACAUAGCAAUGGAAUUAAGAAAUGAGGAUAUGAAAAAAUCGAAUGAAGACUUCCUAUCGGAAAUACGUUUCUGUUAUCCACACGAAAAUGAGGAAAAUCAACAUUUUCAAAAUUUUAAAAGUGAAUUACUGGAAAACGUAAAUACAGGAGACGCCAAAAGUGAAUGCAUUGCCUCUCUUGCAAAUAUUCCUCUCCUGGUCCCAAGAGGAAGAUACGAAAUUGAGAUGUACCCCAAGUCGUUCAAGCUACAUGGAAAAUCCUACGAUUUUACCAUUCAGUAUACUAAUGUAAAUAAAAUGCUGUUAGUACCCAAAAGUAACUCCAAUCAGUACGUUUUAAUCUUUAACCUAAAUAACAAAAUGAAGCAAGGACAAACUGAGUACCCAUUCAUUUUGAUUCAACUGAAUAACGAUGACGACAUGGAGUUGGACAUAAAUGCAACUGAUGAAGAUAUGAAAAAAUAUAAAUUGGAGAAAACUCUCUACGGAAGACAAUACGAAGUAAUCCCUAGACUGUUCUCCGCCCUGGUUAAGAAAAAUGCCAUCAUUCCAGGGGACUUCAGAACAGCAAAAAAUGAAUAUGGUAUUACAUGCAGUUAUAGAGCUGCCAGUGGACAACUUUACCCUCUAAAUAAAUACUUCCUUUUUAUUGUAAAACCGGUUAUCUUAAUCCCCUUUGAAGAUAUCGUAACGCUCAACUUCCAAAGGACGGGUAACAUAAACCAACACCGUUUCUUCUCUCUUAUCAUAAAACACAAAAGAGGAAUCAGUUAUGAGUAUACCAAUAUAGACAAAAAUGAAUACCCCCCUCUGCUGGAAUUUUUAAAAAGUAAAAAUAUACACAUUCAGGAUGAUGCCAAUGGUGGGGAUAAAAAACAGGACUAUGUCGAUGACCUCUCCGAAUCGGAUGAAGAAGAUUACGUGGCGGAAGAUGAUGAUGACGACGAAGAGGAUUACGUGGCAGAGGAUGAGGACGACGAUGACGAUGACGACGAUGAUGACGACGACGAGGAAGAAGAAGAAGAAGACGAUGAUAAGUAA